CGAGCUUCAGCAGCAGCAGCAGGAGGAGGAGGAGGAGGAGCUGUCAAAGUUGGACUUUCUCUGAGAAGAAUAAGAGAGGGUGGCGGAGAACACACACAAAAAAGUCUUUAACUCCACGAAAGGAAAACGCAAACGUUUUUACUUGGGAACAAAGUCGUCUCGUGGACAUGGAAUGACACCUUUUUGAGUGAAAAGCAGGAUGGCAGUCGUUUCGGUGAAGUGGCUGAGCGUCACCUUUUGGCUCUGCUUCAGCUCCUGUGUGCUGGCGGAAAAGAAAGUUUGUCAAGGCAUCACCAACCGUUUAAACCUACUUGGCUCAAGAGAAGACCACUACCUGAACAUGGUGAAGACCUACAACAACUGUACUGUGGUCCUAGAGAAUCUGGAGGUCACCUAUAUGGAGGAACACCAUGAUCUCUCAUUCCUCAGGUCUGUUGAAGAGGUUGGUGGUUAUGUAUUGAUCGCCCUCAACACAGCUUCUAGAAUUCCUCUGGAAAACCUGCGUAUCAUCCGUGGUCAUUCCCUUUAUGAUGGAGGCUUUGCACUUGCUGUGCUUGGCAACUAUGACAAAGAUAAAGAUCUUGGCACCACUGAGCUUCUCCUGCCCAGCCUCACAGAAAUUCUGAAAGGAGGUGUAAAGUUCUGGGCCAACCAGCUGUGCAACGUAGAGACGAUACAGUGGUAUGAUAUUGUUAACGCUGAAGGUAAACCCAACAUGGAGCUCCCAGAGGCUAGCAACAACACACUUUGUAAAAAAUGUGAUCCAAGUUGCUUCAAUGGUUCAUGCUGGUCACCAGAUCGUCAGAAUUGUCAAACUUUAACAAAGCUGAACUGUGCUCAGCAGUGUUCAAAGCGAUGUAAGGGACCUUCACCCAGUGACUGUUGUAAUGAGCAUUGUGCUGCAGGAUGCACAGGACCGAGGCCCACCGACUGUCUGGCCUGUCGGGACUUCCAGGAUGAUGGGAUUUGUAAGGACUCCUGCCCUCGGCUCAUGCUAUACGACCCCAACCUACAUCAGCUGGUCCCUAACCCACAUGGAAAGUACAGCUUUGGAGCUACUUGUGUAAAGAGCUGCCCCCAUAAUUAUGUUGUGACUGACCAUGGUGCAUGCGUGCGGACGUGCAGUGGCAACACUUAUGAGGUGGAUGAGGGAGGAGUCAGGAAGUGUACCAAGUGUGAUGGACUGUGCCCAAAAGUUUGUAAUGGACUCGGAAUGGGAAACCUUGCUCAGACGCUGUCAAUCAAUGCUACCAACAUUGACUCUUUUAAAAACUGCACUAAAAUCAGUGGCAACAUAGCAAUCAUCCACACGUCCAUUUAUGGGGAUAGCUACACCAAGACACCAAAGAUGGAUCCUGCCCAGCUUGAUGUGUUUAAGACAGUUAAAGAAAUCACUGGAUACUUGUGGAUUCAAACAUGGCCGGCAAACAUGGACUCACUUAGUCCUUUUCAGAAUCUGGAGGUCAUCCGAGGACGAACUAAACGAGGUAGCCGCAGUUUGGCCGUUGUUCAGCUGGGUAUCAGCUAUUUGGGCCUUCGCUCCCUCAAAGAAGUCAGUGAUGGAGAUGUUAUCAUCAUGAAAAACCCUAAACUCUGCUAUUCCGAGAAACACCACUGGCAGGGGCUCUUCAAAUCACAAUAUCAAACGGUGAAGAUAGAUGAAAAUGCUGAUCCUUCCACCUGUGCAAAGUUGAACAACACUUGUGACACAAAGUGUACCACAGAGGGCUGCUGGGGCCCUGGUCCGGACUUGUGUCUUGCCUGCCGUGACUACAGCCGUGACGGGAGUUGUGUUGACUCCUGUAACAUCCUGGAGGGAGAACGAAGGGAGGUGGUCAUGAAUAAAACGUGCGUGGAGUGUCACCCCGAGUGCCAACGCAUGAAUGGAACAGCAACCUGCAGAGCACCUGGUCCUGGGAACUGUACCAGUUGCGCCAACUUCAAAGAUGGACUGUUCUGUGUGUCUCGCUGUCCCCAAGGCGUGCCAGGUGAAGACGAAACACUGGUGUGGAAAUACGCCAAUGAAUUGAAAGUGUGCCAGCCAUGUCACAAAAACUGCACUGAGGGGUGCAGAGGGCCUGGACUCACAGGCUGCCAAAACAGAAAAUAUUCUGGACUUCCCAUGAUUGCAGCUGGUGUAGUUGGCGGUUUGCUGGCUGUCCUCGUUGCAGGCUUGUCUGUGUUUGUGCUGCUCCGCCGACGCCACAUCAAGAGGAAGCGGACAAUGAGAAGACUUCUGCAAGAGAGAGAGUUGGUUGAACCCCUGACUCCAAGUGGAGAAGCACCAAACCAGGCUCUGCUCAGGAUCCUCAAAGAACCUGAAUUUAAGAAGGCUAAAGUUUUGGGAUCAGGGGCUUUUGGGACAGUUUACAAGGGCCUAUGGGUUCCAGAGGGGGAGGAUGUGAAGAUCCCUGUUGCCAUCAAGGUUUUGAGAGAAGCCACAUCUCCGAAAGCAAACAAAGAGAUUUUAGAUGAAGCUUAUGUGAUGGCCAGCGUGGAUCACCCCCAUGUGUGUCGUUUGCUGGGCAUCUGCCUGACCUCCACAGUGCAGCUUGUCACCCAGCUAAUGCCCUACGGAUGCCUGCUGGACUAUGUCAGAGAGAAUAAAGAUAAUAUCGGCUCUCAGUACUUGCUCAACUGGUGUGUUCAGAUAGCCAAGGGUAUGAACUACUUGGAGGAGCGCCACUUGGUGCACCGUGACUUGGCAGCCAGGAACGUCUUGGUGAAGACUCCUCAGCAUGUCAAAAUCACUGACUUUGGUCUGGCCAAGCUCCUCAACUCUGACGAGAAGGAGUACCAUGCAGAUGGAGGGAAGGUACCAAUAAAAUGGAUGGCUCUUGAAUCGAUCCUGAACAGGACGUACACACACCAGAGCGAUGUUUGGAGUUACGGUGUAACAGUUUGGGAACUAAUGACAUUUGGAACCAAACCUUAUGAUGGGAUUCCAGCCAGUGACAUAGCAGGCAUUUUAGAGAAAGGGGAGCGGUUGCCUCAACCGCCAAUCUGCACCAUAGACGUCUACAUGAUCAUGGUGAAAUGUUGGAUGAUCGAUGCAAACAGUCGGCCACAUUUUCGGGAACUAAUGGCAGAGUUUACAAAGAUGGCCCGAGAUCCUUCCCGUUAUCUUGUCAUUCAGGGUGAUGAUCGAAUGCACCUGCCGAGUCCUGGAGACACAAAAUUAUACCGCAGCCUGAUCAGCGGGGAGGACAUGGACAACGCUGUGGAUGCAGAUGAGUACCUGCUGCCCCAACAUAGCUUCUUCAGCAGCCCAAGCACCUCCCACACGCCACUUCUGCAGUCCACAAGCUUUAACAGCAGCAUUGGAACCUGCAACGGUAGAAAUGGUUUGGUGAGCGGGUUCCCAAGCAGCAAUGUAAGCUUGGUUCUUCGGUAUAUUCCUGACCCUACAGAGAAAUUUUUAGACGAUGCCUUCCAGCCAGCUCCAGAAUACAUGAACCAGAACGGAGUCACAGAUGUAACGAAUCCCAUCUAUCAGAAUCCGCAUCCACCUCGUGGCAUCCUUCCCACCAUCUCUUCAGACGAAACAGAGGCAGAGUACUUGAACUGUUUUAAGAGUGGUGCCAGUGGACCAGAGUACCUCAAUGAGGUCCCUUCUCCUGCUUUUCUCACACUGUCCUCCAGCAGCAAGGUCUACAGCUUUCAGAACAACCCAGAUCACCAGCAGGAUUUCACUCCCAUCUUCAAGACUCACACCAAUGGACACAUCCCAGCAGCAGAGAAUGUAGAAUAUUUGGGACCACACUGAGACAUUAGAAGGUGGAUCUACAUGUAGACAAGAAAGGAGAGACUGCUUCCUGUUCCUUUAACAAAAGGCACAAAUGCCUUGUCUGGGAAAAGACAGCUUUGUGAAACCCUGAGUUGUCAUAUGUGAUAUAUCUGGACUUCAAGUGUCAAGUGACCCACCGUGCAGCUUCCUCCAUGUUUUGCGUGUCAUGAGUUUAUCACACAAAAUUUGCUUCAUUCCAAGGACUGUAUGUCCAAAUGACAAAAAGACCUUUCUUCUAUGAAAGCUGGACAGAUGUUGACUUGUGCAAAAAGACUCAGUUGAUCUGAGAGUUGCUGGACCACGUGCACUCCCAUCGGAAAGUGAAAAUCUGUUCUAUGUAUAAAAUGCUGGGAUCUGUAUGUGUUGGAAAAAAGAAAGCUAUCCAAGAGUGUAAAUGCCUCCAUUUAUAGGAAACACGGGGAUGGAAGCUGGCAGUUUAACCCAAAACAAAUCUUCAAGGUACAUACAUGUGGUGCAGAAUCACAAGAGACCCAAUCAGUCAGGCGUGUUGAUACAGAGGAAUUUAAAGUGUCGAUAGCUCUUCUCAGAAUAGUUCCAAGUGUUGCAGUCACUACGACGUAAAGCCAAUGAGCAUAUCUGUUUAUCUGGAGUAAUGUCAAGAAGAUAAAAUAGCAGUUGUUUAGCAGGAAGCGCUUUCUUUCCUGCUUUUUUUGGGGGGGCUCUUUUAAUGUCUGACGAAACUCCGCCUGAAAGAAGAGUCAAUGACACAAAAGAUUUGAAAUACUAAUGCAUGGGUUGUAAAGCUGGUAUAAUGUUCUAGGAUAGUUCUAUAUGCAGUAGAGAUUAUGCUGGAGAGACAACUUUUUGAUACCAUACAUAUGUAUAACUAUGUAGAAAAUUAUUUUAAUCUCUUUCCUGCAUUUUGUUGUUCCAAACCAGCAGCAAUGCUGCAGAAUAGAUCUUUGUGUAGACCAACAAAGUGAUGUGUGCUUUUUCCAGAAAGGAAUUUCUUGUCACAUUCUUACUGUUCAACACAUUGACAUAACUACAAAAGCUUCACCAGAACAAAUAACGAAAGCAGAGAUAAAGCAGGUCAGACUGGUUUGUUAUAACCAGCACUUCCAUGAUAUAAGGCAGGAUGGUGACAAAAAAAUAGUUUUUUUGUUAUUCAGCCUGCAUUUUUGGGGAAGUUACUUUAGCAAAAAAAGAAUUGUUUCAGGCCAUGUAAGUAGGUUGUAAAUUGGGGAGGUUACUUUAGGAAGAAAUUAACUGUUUAAUAAAAAAAAAACGUUUCCUUCCCUGUAGAUGGUGUAAAUGGCUACAUAACACAUCAGAAACGUCUCUGGUGUAGGUGGUCUGAUGUAUUUCUGUUAUUAUGAAUUGACCUUUCUUUGUCAGAAUUCUAUGAAAAGCAAAACUGUAGCUUGAUGUUUUACAUGGGAUGUUGAUGUCAUGUCCAUAAAUGUGCUCAUAGCUUUAAAGUCUUGCAGGAGUAUUAACUUUAAAUGAAAAUAGCAUUCCUAUUUUUAAAGGAAUGUAUUAUUGUAGCAACCUGUAAGCCAACUUUUUGCAGAUUUUACCCAGGUACAUGUACAGGUAACAGUGAUUAUGUUGUGGACAAUAUACCCCUAAAUCUAUAAGCCUAUAAUUUAAUACUGUUGUUUUUUCACAUCAUACAUGGAUAUGCACUUAUUUCUGAACUCUUAAUGAUUAAAUUCAAAAGUAAUAUGAAUAAAUAUUUUUUUCUAUCAGUG